AGGCGCACAAUAUAAAACGUCAUCUCUAAGCGCUGAUGUUUGGGUGUCGCUGAGUGAUUUUGUAUGUGUGGCAGCUGUUAAAUGUCGGCGUCAGCGGCUUCUGGUGAAGGGAGAGGCAGUUAUAGCCUGUGAUUUGAAUGAUUUGGCAAUGAAUCGGAAGAGAAACUUGAUACAGACCAUUUUUCGGCAGGUUAAGAAACGUAAAUUUGGAUUAGUGGAAGACUUCAAGUUGUUGGAUAAGACAGAAGCCAAUAACUUUGACGGGGUGCCAAAUGAUACUAAGUCUGCGCUGAUUUUUUUAGCGUCCUUAUUUCCUCGUAAAUUAUUUGAUGAUUCUCUUCCGCCUAUUGUUCUAAAACACCAACUUUACAGCAUUGUUAAAGACAAAACUACAGUUGAUCGUCAGCUGAAUGAACUGAAGGACCUGGGAGAUGUUAGGAUUUUCCAGUUUGGAUUUGACACGGAUGUGUUCGGCAUUGUAUUUACUGAAGAUUACAAAAGUAAAGUUUUGGCUGCGACAGCAACAAAAGAGACUGCUGUAACAGUACAAAGGUUUCUGGAGACUGUGUUGAACUCAUGUACAGAUAUUGGUUUCAACAAAGAUAAAAUGCUGAAGGAUUUUUCAUUUCGUGACCAAGAAAUAACGCAGCUGGUGAAUGCAGGACUUCUUACAGUACGAGAUGUUGGAAGCUGGUGGCUUGCUAUUCCAGGUGCUGGGCGAUUUGUGAAAUACUUUGUGAAAGGUCGCAAAGCUGUUCUUGGUAUGAUCCGGAAAUCUAAAUACAAUGAAGUUUUGCAGUCGGACCUAGAAACUCGGAAAGUAACCUCCACAGUAAAGUUAGGGAUCCAGUAUCAUGUUCAUGACAUCGUUGGAGCAGAGUUGGUGAAAUGCAUCCCAACAACUACUGGAACCUUGCUGCGCCUGAAUGACACCUGACCCACAGAACACUGCUGCAAACCAACCUAUAGACCAAGUUUGAUCUGCAUGUUUGACCAGGAUAUAAUCAAUAACAGGAGAGGAUGCUGGGAAAAGGGAGCAAUGUGGAAAGAGGCAGGAAAAAAAGAUAUAGACAUAGUGAAUUUUUUUUUAUGUUGCUGAAAAGUCUGAUACUCUGAAAUUAAACAUUUCAGCUAUUCAUUAUUUGCCAAGCCUGUAAAACAGAACAACACAGUCAUAUGUUGUAAUACACAAAUUUAGCUAAAUAUAUACAUAUUUAAGUUUAAAUUGUUUGUUAAAUGGAAUGAAAUGUGGUUUUAUUUUUCCAAUUUUUUGCUAAUGUACGAUGAGUGUGUUGGAUCAACGUUACAGAAAGCUUGGAAUACAGUGCAACAGAGUGUGUACAAGUUGUGCAUGUGUACAUUUGAUAAACUCUUUGAUUUACUGUGACUUUAAGUUGGAACAUUUCAACUGCUAAAAGUGUAAAUUGACACUCAGAGCCUUAAAGCAUCCUGGAAUAAAUUAACCAUUUUAUUACUUGUAGCUAGAGUACGAGUCCUCAAACCAAUUAAAAGUCAAAAGAAAGCAAAAA